GCGAGACAAAAGAGCAACACUUCUAAAUCCAGACAUCCAGAGAGCGCACCACACUCCUUCCUGUCAAGAUACUCAAGACCAUCUACGGUCAUCCCCGCCGACUCGAGACACCAUAGUGGAUCAAGGCGCUAUCGAGGCACAGGCAAGAAGUUCGUCGUCAUUCCCAUUCGUAUUCGCCGGACACUCCUACCGUUGGAUGCCACACUGUCAGGACGCCUCUAUCACAUCGCCAUCUCAUCAUGUUCAAGUCGAUACGAAACAGCCUCGGUCUCUCACCGACGAAGAGACCAGCUCUUCUCUCGGAAGAGGGAGACUCUCCGUCACGAACACGAGAUGACACGAAUAAUCACUCAGAGCCAUCUAUUUGGGGAAGAUUGGAAGUGAUGGGCAAGAGCGGGAAAGUCAAGUCGGGGCUAAACCUACUAGAACGCGAUUGCACCAUUGGAAGGUCCACCGACAAUGAUGUUCGCCUUUGCGAGCUGAACGUGUCUCGCCACGCUUGCCGAAUUCACUUCCUCAGACCGGGAAAGGCUCAGCUCGAGCUACUAGGUACCAACCACGUCACAAUUAACGGCAGCCAUAUCCUUCCCCUACCUGACUCGGACGAGCCGGUCUCAGUGUUCCUGACUUCAGGAGAUCUCAUUGAGCUCAGCAAAUACCGCUUCCGCUUCAGCUACGCUGCCUACGACACCAGUGCAGCUUCGACGUCCCAGCUACAGUCCGUCUAUGUACCCGUGAGCCCAGCAGAAAAGGGUCGGCAAUCAUUGCAAGGCCUGGCAACGCCGGAUGGCAAGCGUAGGAAGGUCAGGACCAGUCUGGUUAGGGCCGCAGAUGUUGAAACACCCAGCAAAGCGAGGGAGACUUUUGCUCGGCUUGAUGCUUUGGAUGCAGCUCCAGAUUCGCAAGGCCUCACUAGCUUCUCACAACCACGCACAACCCUAGUACAGCUGACACCUAGACCGUCGUUGACAAACCUUUCGCUGGAUUCAGGCUCUCCUCUGCAACGUCACAUGUUCGGCUCUGGCGAGCCUGUCAUGCUGACAGAAGAUAGUCUAAAAUCGAUGGAGAAGAGUCUGGGUCUGAUAUCGGUUGGUCAGGAGAUUGCAGGCUACGGGGAAGAGGACGGGGUGCAAGAAGAGCUUGUGGUCAUCGAUGAAGAUGACGAGGAGGAUGCCAUCGAACAAAAGGGGGAGGUAGAAAGCUCAGGAGCCGCCAACGACGCUUUCUAUGCCAGGGACACACCCCAGUCACCGGACGAAGUCGCUGCGAAGAAGGAGCGAAGGCGAUCGAGUUUCCUCGGUCGCGCGUGGCCUUUCUCAUCACCGCAAGGCUUUUACGGCGCCGAAAGGCAGAACGAAGCUGACCAAGAUCAGCCUAGCACUCCGGAGCGAAUCUCGAAGGAAGAGCAAGAGCAUGGGGAGGCAGUGGCAGAAGAAGAGGUCGACGACUCAGAGGAAGAGCAGGAGGCGGAUCAGUCCGACAUCCUCAGUCCUCGCUUGCCACGGAGCCUGUCAUCUCCCGGUCGACUAGGGUCACCCUCUUUCCACAUUUCAUCCAGGCGCAAGGUCAGUCUGAGGACAAAGACCCUGCUCAGAUCUAGCGCGGCACUGGUAGAGCGGAUGGCUGCUUCUCAGUCAGACUCGUUCCUCGCCGUAGCGAAAUCUGAGGAACAGGGGCGCCCAUCGUCCCCGCUUGCAUCCCGAGAAGAGGAAGUCGACUACGAAGACGACGAAGACGACGAAGACGAAGUCGACAAGAGCCUGAGCCUAGUUGAAGAAGGAGACGAGGAUUACGGUGACAACGAGCAGGCCGAGCAAGGCGAAGAGGAGCAUGAGCCAGCCCACCCGGUCUAUGAGCUACCGUCUGAAUCGCAGUCCGCUCGCGACGAGGAGCCACUCGCUGUCAACCCAGCGGCGAUCGCAAGUGUCGAAGAUUCCUCAAACGCUGUCUCUGAAGAGUCUGAGCAGACUCAGGAACACCAGCCAAGCAUCAUGGUUCCGUCGCUGUCUCGGCCGACGUCUCGCUCUUCCAAACGUCUCUCCAUGCCUGCGUUCGUUGGUCGCCGUCGAAGUCUCUUCGGCCUGGGCAUCUUCCCACGAGGCCAGACGUCGAGUGAGGCGGAAGACGUCGUCGGCAAGGUUGACGAGAUGUUCGCAAAGGCUCAAGGCAGCGCAAGCUCAGUCGACAGUGCGUACGAAGCAAGCUCGUCUGGCUCUGCUUCUCCGGACGUCGGAUAUCAGUCGAUGUUGACUGUCGCUUCCUGCGAAAAUCUCAAGGGACCGGCAAGAGAGGCUCUGAGGUACCUUCUGUCCAACAAGUCGAAGGCUACUAGCCCGGCGAUUGGGUCUGAUAGCGGUGACGCUUCUCAGCAUGCUGCUGGCGCAUCGACCGCCAAUGGUGGUCUCCGGUCACUCAUGCUCGGUCGUCAGGAGCCGAUGCUUCUGCAGCGAGCUAGAACUUCCAAGAGAAGUAGCUUGAUUCUUGCGCCAGGUACUCCGACGAUGGAAGGGUUGCGCUCUGUGUCACCACAGGGAGGCGCCACGCCUGACAUGGCCUUCCUGCGCCACGUGUUUGCUCUACCGAAGGAGGAAACCGAUACCGAUCCCCAGCUCAGAGCUCUGAGAUAUCUCUUUGCAGAGCACGAGUCCGUCCUCAGCCGUGCUGAUGAGACUGGCGGAGAGGGCUUCUUUGACGGAGAGGCACUUGCCUUGCUGAUGGCUACCCCUGCAGCUCAGAGAACCUUGGUUAGCGCCGCGUCCCGAGUAGCUCGCCUUACACCCACCGAAAGCGCCCAGCAAGCCGCUGCUGUCAUCGAGAUCCCCACCGAUGCAUCGUCAUCGCUCGUGCACGUACAGGAUGUCGCGUCUCCCUCUCAAGCAGCCUCGAUGCGCAGAGGAAACGCGCAGCAAAGUCCCUCUUCCCUUCUCGGCGGCGGCGAUGACAACGACGUUGUGCUUGGUGACGAAACUCCAAGCUACAAGAAGACGCGCAGAGGAUGCCGUGGUGGAAGGAGACGGAGCAGGAAUUUCAGUCCUAGCAUCGACCUGGGAGCUUUCGACGUCGAAACCUCCUUGGGAGACGUUGAUCUGCCACAAGUCAUUCCUGAGGAGCCCUUGAGUGCCGAGCCUGAGACUGAAGCAGAAGUCCAGCAACCUGAAGCCCCGGCUCAGCAGAGCAGCCUUACGCAAGGUCCUCUUGCUCCCUCUACGCCUGCCGGAUCCCCAUCAAAGAGUCGAGCUGUGCGAGUAAGCAGGCAGGAGACAGGCACCAAACCGCUGGCUGCUGCAGAAGUGCUCAAGAGGAACCUUUCAAGUCGAGGCCGUCAAGCCUUGACUCCUGCUACGACGGCCAACACGCGAACUACUGCUCGCGCAGGAAAGGCUCAAUUUGCUGCCGAUAGCGCUCCCGGCGAGGAAGAGAACACCAGCACUCAAGCAGAGCAGGAGGUCACUGCUUCUCCAGCCAAGCCGACCCGUGCCAGGAGUACUCGCCGCGCUGCCGACGUUCCGGCCCAGCCACAAGCUGGUGACGACGAGGAGGCGACAAGUGCGAGACCAGUUCGUCAUGGAGCGCGACGAGCAGAGAGCAGCAGGCCUGCUGCAGAAGAGGUAGCUUCCUCGCCCGUCAAGCCCGUCACCAGGAAGACGAGUACAAGAGGCGCUGCCGGCAGGAAACAGCGAAGCGAAGCUGCAGAAGAGGACGAGGUGGAUCCUCAACACCAGCUACCUGCCUCAGAGCCAGCUCUGCCUGUGAGCACCAGGAGUCGUAGGGGUGCUCGCGAGGUAGCUCCGGCCCCUCCGGCUGCUGCUGCUGCUCCCACUCCAGCUCGCUCUACCCGAGCUCAGAAGCCCAAGUCUACUACCACCUCUACCAGAGGGAGAAGCAGACACGAAUCCGACAAUGAAGACGAUCAGAAUGACCAUGACGACAACGAAGACGAAGACGACAACAAUCAAGAAGCCGAGCGAGCACUUCGACGCAGUACCCGCUCCUCGCCAGUCAAGAAGCGAGCUCCAGCGCCAGCGCCAGCAGCAGCGGCUAAGGAGGUCCAAUCCUCGCCUGUGAAGCCCUCGGCUCGCACUACCCGACGAGCCGCAGCGGGAGGGGCUGGUCACCGUAAAGAGCCCGCUACUGGGGACGCGGAGCCGGCAGCGGCCACCGCCACCCGCACUACGCGCCGCAAGGCUGCUGCGACUGUUCUUGCUUCAGAGCAGGAAGAGCUGCCGGCGCCUGUUGCGAGGGUGACGAGGAGUGGAAGAAGCACAAGGAAGGCGUGAGAUUGGAAUUUCCAU